AUGUCUGAGGAGAAGGAUUUUUCCGUGAGUUCGCCCGACGGGUCGAGUUCUCGUGGCUCGGACAGUCGUGUGGACAAUGAGAAGGCCGUGGCUGUCGCUGCGGCCGCUGAUAGACAGCAGCAUCAACAGCAGCUGCACCAGAAUCAGAAGAAAAAGGGCCUAUUUGGCCUGUUUGGCAAGAAGAAGGCCGACAAUGAUAGUGUGGUGACUUCGAAAUCUUCUAAAGCUAAAGAUAAAGAAGAAGACCCAUUUCAUAAUUUUUCAGAGCAUGAUGCUAAGAUUUUGCGGGAUCAGAUUCAGUCUCCUGAACCAUCUGUCUCUUUGAAGACGUUGUAUCGAUAUGCUAAUAAGAAGGAUGUUGCUAUUCUUAUUCUUGGUUAUGGAUGUUCUAUUGUGGCAGGUGCUGCUUUGCCUAUGUUUACUUUGGUGUUUGGUAACCUGACACAAGAGUUUUCGGCAUUUUUCACUGGUGAAAACCCCGAUCCUGAAAAGUUCCAAGCUGGCAUCAACCACAACACCCUAUAUUUCCUAUAUCUUGGUAUCGGUAUUAUUGUUUUUUCGUUUGUUGACACUUAUAUCCACGUCGAGCGUGGUGAGGUCUUGACGGCUCGUAUUCGUCAACAGUACUUGAAGGCCAUUUUGAGACAGAAUAUUGCAUACUUCGACAAGCUCGGUGCUGGUGAAGUCACCACUCGUAUCACCAACGACACAAACGCUAUUCAGGAAGGUAUUUCUGAAAAGGCCGGUUUGAUUGUUAGUGGGUUGUCCACAUUUGUCGCUGCUUUAGUCAUUGCAUUUGUCAGAUCUUGGAGACUGGCUCUUAUUUUAUUGUCUGUAGUAGUCGCCAUUACCGGUUCCAUGGUCAUGGGCUCUGUUUUUGUUAUCAAAUUCACUGGCAUGUCCACUUCCGCUUAUGGAAAAGGUGCUACUGUAGCUGAGGAGGGUUUGUCUGCUAUUCGUAAUACUGUUGCUUUCGGUGCUCAGAAUAGAUUGGCUGAGAAGUUCGAUGUCCAUCUUGCUGAGACUAUGAAGUACGGUAUUUUCAAGGAGCGAUCUGUGACUGUUAUGGUCGCUUGUUUGUGGUCGGUUAUUUACUUGUCUUAUGCUCUCUCUUUCUGGGAGGGUUCAAGAUUUAUUGUACAGGGCCACAUGCAAGUUGGUAGUGUCAUCACUGUCAUCAUGGCUAUGAUGAUCGGUGCUUUCCAACUUGGUCACGUUGCUCCAUCCUUCCAAUCCAUUAGUGUUGCACUUUCUUCUGCCAAGAAGAUUUUCGAGGCUAUUGAUCGUGUUCCUACUAUUGAUAGUGAAUCUGAGAAGGGUGAGGUUCUUGACGAGGUCCAAGGCCAUAUCCAACUUAAGAAUGUCAAGUUUGUCUAUCCUUCAAGACCCGAUGUCACUGUUUUACACGACAUGAAUUUAGAGGUCAAGCCUGGUCAGACCGUUGCCCUUGUGGGUAUGUCUGGUUCUGGUAAGUCCACUAUCAUUGGUCUUCUUGAGCGAUUCUACAAGCCUCUUUCUGGAUCUAUCACUAUUGAUGGUAAGGAAAUUGACACUCUUAAUGUCAAGUGGUUGCGUCAACAAAUUGCCCUCGUGUCUCAGGAACCCACUUUAUUUGCUGUUACUAUCUAUGAGAAUAUUUGCUUUGGUUUGAUUGGUACUCCUUAUGAGGACGCCCCUGAGGACAAGAAGCGUGAGCUUGUUGUCGAGGCUUGUAAACAAGCUAAUGCCUGGGAGUUUAUUCAGAACAUGACUGAUGGCCUUGAUACCAAUGUCGGUGAUAGAGGUUUCCUUAUGUCUGGUGGUCAAAAGCAACGUAUUGCUAUUGCUCGUGCUAUUAUUUCCAACCCUAAGAUCCUGUUGCUUGAUGAAGCUACCUCUGCGCUUGAUACCAAGUCUGAGGGCAUUGUUCAAGAAGCCCUUGACAGAGCCUCAAAAGAAAGAACUACCAUUGUUAUUGCCCAUCGUUUGUCUACUAUCAAAGAUGCUGAUAAGAUUGUUGUCAUGUCUAGAGGUGACAUUGUCGAACAAGGUACUCACCAGGAGCUUGUUGCCAUGGGCGGUGUCUACCAAAGACUAGUCGAGGCUCAGCGUAUUACUGCUGCCAUUAAACAAGAACAAGAAGAAGGUACAGAUGUUCUCAACGAUUCUGACCUUGAUUCCCAAGCUCCUCAUAAGUACAUUCCUGAUGAAGAUGAAGAACCACUUAAAAAGGUUGGAACCACAAAGUCCAUUUCCAGUGAUAUCAUUGCCAACCAGAAGCACGACACUAAAAAGGUCAAGCGUAAUGUGAUCCAAUUGAUUUCCAUGCUCUUGACUUUCAACAGAGAAGAAAAGUGGUUUAUGAUUAUCGGUGCUACCGCCUCGUCUAUUGCUGGUUUCGGUUACCCCGCUCUGUCCAUGUUGUUUGCCAAGAUCAUUCAAGCCUUGAUGGUCACCCCUGAUCAUUACGGUGAGAUGCGUCACCAAGUCAAUGUCUUUACUGGUUAUUUCUUCAUGAUUGGUAUUAUUAUGUUUGGUGUUUUCAUCGUCAUGAUUGGUUGUUUGUCGUAUGCCUCGCAAAAGCUCGUUCGUAAGAUUCGUCUUCUUGUGUUCCGUCAAUACAUGAGAAUGGAUAUUGAGUUUUUCGACCGUGAUGAGAACUCUACUGGUGCUUUGACCUCGACUCUUGCUAAGGACGCCCAAGCCGUUGAAGGUUUUGGUGGUGCCACUUUGGGUCAAGUUUUGCAAUCAAUUAUCACUCUUUUCGGUGGUAUUAUUGUUGCCAUUGCAUUCAACUGGAGACUUGGUCUUGUCUGUACUGCAUGUGUCCCUAUUCUUGUUGGUUGUGGUUUCAUGCGUAUGUAUGUCAUGAUCCAACUUUCAGAAAGAGCCAAGAAGGUUUACGAGGAUUCUGGUGCUUAUGCUUGUGAGAGUAUCUCUGCUGUGCGUACUGUUGCUUCUUUGACUAGAGAGCACGGUGUGUGGAGAACCUACGCCGAUGCUGUUGAGAGCCAAGUCAAGCGUUCUCGUCCAGCUAUUGCUAGAUCUGCUCUUAUGUUUGCAUUGUCACAAGGUUUGACCCCUUGGGUAAUGGGUCUUGGCUUUUGGUACGGAUCCACCUUGCUCAAGACUUUCACCAUUAGUUCGUUCCAAUUCUUCGUUGCAUUCACUGCUGUCGUCUUCGGUGCUCAGGCAGCUGGUUCAAUCUUUUCAUAUGCUCCUGACAUGGGCAAAGCCCGUCAAGCCACCGGUAACGUUGCUGAGAUCCUUGAUGUUACUCCUAAGAUUGACACCUGGUCAAACGAGGGUGAGGUCCUUGACCCUGCUGCUGUCGAGGGCAAUGUUGAGUUCAGAGGCGUUCACUUCAGAUACCCCACCAGACCUGAGGUGCCUGUAUUGAGAGGACUCAACCUUACUGUCAAGACCGGCCAGUAUGUUGCUCUUGUCGGAGCUUCUGGUUGUGGUAAGAGUACCACCAUUGGUCUUAUUGAGAGGUUCUACUCUCCCUUGGCCGGUCAAGUUCUUCUUGAUGGACAUGAUAUCUCCGAAUUGAAUGUCAACGAAUAUCGUAAUCACAUUUCUCUUGUACAACAAGAACCUGUUCUCUACUCAGGAACUAUCAGAGAGAACAUCAUGCUUGGUACUAAGGACGGUCAAGAGGCUACUGAGGAGGAGAUGUAUGCUGCUGCUCGCAAGGCCAAUAUUCACGACUUUGUCAUGUCACUUCCUGAUGGCUAUGAGACUUUUGCCGGUUCAAAGGGAGCUCUUCUUUCUGGAGGUCAGAAGCAACGUAUUGCUAUUGCUCGUGCACUUAUCAGAAACCCCAAGGUUCUGUUGUUAGACGAGGCCACAUCUGCUCUGGAUAGUGAGUCCGAAAAGGUCGUACAACAAGCUCUCGACGAGGCUGCUAAGGGCAGAACCACCAUUGCUGUUGCACACCGUCUGUCAACCAUUCAGAACGCUGAUAUUAUCUACGUUUUCGACGAAGGUAGAAUCUUGGAGGCCGGAACCCACCAGCAACUGCUCGCCAACAGAAGCAGGUACUUCGAGCUCGUCCAAAUGCAAUCUCUGGAUGCAUAG